AUGGCAUCCUCGAAGCUGGUGCUGUCGCUGCUGGUGGCAGCUCUCCUGCUGCAUGCGGCCAUUGCGCUGAAGAUCAGCGCCUUCAACAUCAAGACAUUUGGGGACAGCAAGAUGUCCAACAAGACUAUCGCAAAUAUCAUUGUCUCUAUCCUGUCGGGGUAUGACAUCACCUUGGUGCAGGAGGUCCGGGACGCUGACCUGAGCGGCGUGAAGAAGCUCAUGAACCAGCUCAACAGUGCAUCCCCACACCCAUACAGCUAUUUGGUCAGCAUGCCCCUGGGUCGCACCAGCUACAAGGAGCAGUACCUCUUCAUCUACAGGUCAGACAUGGUUUCCGUGCUGGGAAGCUACUACUACGACGAUGGCUGUGAGUCCUGCGGGACCGAUACCUUCAGCAGGGAGCCCUUCAUCGUGAGGUUCUCCUCGCCCACCACGCAGGUGGAGGAGUUUGUGAUGGUGCCCCUGCACGCUGAGCCCAGCAGCGCGGCAGAUGAGAUCGAUGCGCUCUACGACGUCUACACCGAUGUCGUCAACAAGUGGGCGACUAACAAUAUCCUCCUCCUGGGUGACUUCAACGCCGACUGCUCCUACGUGACCAGCGCUCAGUGGCCAUCCAUCCGCCUGCGCUCCCUCGACGCCUGCGAGUGGCUCAUCCCCGACAGCGCUGACACCACCGUCGCCGACACCGACUGCGCCUACGACCGCAUUGUCGCCUGCGGCACCGCUCUGCGCCAGGACAUCGAACCCGGCUCCGCCACCGUCAACAACUUCCAGAAGACUUUCCACCUCCAGAGCAAGGAUGCUUUGGCCGUCAGCGACCAUUUCCCGGUGGAGGUGACCCUGAAAGCCCGCUGAGCCCGUCCCCGCGCUGGUGGCUACUGGGAUGCCCCGGCAUGCACCUGCAUCCCUCGUGGGAGCCCAC